UGCUUUCUCCUUGGCCAGAUAGCAACGACUGCGAAAAGGAACUUCGGUCGGUCGAGAGUGCUCUAUAGAGCUCAAUGACGCUAAGAUGAGCAUCACCACAGGUAUGCAAUACAUAGUCUCUAGGCUACAAUCGGAACUAAAUUAUCUGAUCACAUUAACGUGGUGGUAUUCCCCAAGACGAAAACCCCGGCUGCGGAAGCACUCAAAACCGUCCACCUCCUUUGGCUGGGUCUGGCACUGCUUACGAGCAUGUUCCGCCGUUCCCCGCAAAUAUCCCCUUGCCAGCCAGCGAGCAGUCUGCGCCCAGGUUGCUGCGCCCGGUCCAUGCAAUGCAGGUCUUUCAGAACCAUUUGUGGCUGGAAACAGCAUUCAGGUUGAUAUCCCCCAACCAAUAAAUACAGCCAGUCCAAAAAGGAGAUCGUGUGCAUCCAAUUUCAUUGCGACCCUAAGGGAGAUUCUUGGUAACUCAGAGAACGAUGGGGCAAUGCCCUGGUCAGAAGAUGGACGUUCUUUUUUUAUCGCCGGAGCUUACCACCAUGAUGAUUUUAUCCAAAGCCAGCAUACCUCUAUCCGUCCGGUUUCCCAGAAGAGCUAUCCUACCUCGUUUUCACCUGAUAACACCACUCGACGUGGACCUCGGAUCAAAAUGAUCAAAAGAAAUCGGCCGACACAACCGAUGUAAAGAAUACCAAGUUCGGCAUUUACUACCGACUAGCAGCUUCUGUCUCUAUGACCAAGACGCUGCUCUAUGAUCCCUGAUUCUUUGCCAAGUGCCAGUGCAUAUUAUCCAGGCCGAAGCUUCAUUUGGUUUGAUCUCACUAUAUUCUACUACCCCCCUAGGUUAGUGU